AUGGACUCGGACGCCGCGGUGCUGGGCUCGGAUGAGGGGUCGGCGUUGGAGGAGGCCGCCGCAUCCAACGAAGUGGGCGACGAAGGCAAGGGCAAGUUUCCAAGCUCUCCUGCGCUAUCCGUUCCCUACUCGGAGAUUCCGGAUGGGGUUAGCUCCCUCGGCAACCAGUGGUUCGACGUUAUUGGCGGGAUCCCGCUCAAGUUCUGCACGGAGCUCCUCGCACACCUCGUCGACCACUGA